AUCAAAACAAAAUUAUUGGCAGUUUUUUUGUGAAAUAGGCAACAUCGCAACCCAGUCUUAAGAAUGUUGAAUCGAGACGCAGAUCGCCUGUUUGACAAAGCGGCAAAAAUAUUUAACAGUAGUGGAAAAAAGUUAAGUGAAGACGUGCUUCGGCUGCAAGAAUGGCUCGAAACGCAACCCCACCUUCCAAACAUGUUGGAUGGACACGCCCUUCGGAAUUUUUUGAUUCUGAACAAGUGCAGUAUCGAAAUUGCUAAACAAAAAAUCGACAAUUAUUAUUCGGCUAGGGCAAAAGUGCCAGAAGUGGCCAACGAAAUGAAUCCGAAGCUGCCUUAUCAUAAGGAAUUUAAUAGUAUGGUAUACUUAGUUGAUCACCCCCAAUUAACAGACGACAUGUACAAACUCACAUUUUUCAAAGCAAAAGGAGAAACUGUAUCACCCAACUAUAAACCGGUUAAUUUUAUGAGAAAAAUAACUACUAUGGCGGAGUUAAAAUUGCGACAUGACGUCAUGUAUGGAGACAUUUUUGUCGUAGAUUGCAAAGGAUUCACUUUAAAUGUCGCUCUGAGAAUCACACCUAUGAUGUUUUACAAAGUUGCCGUUGUUCUUUACGAUGGAGUUAUGUCUUCUCGUAUCAAAGCUGUACACUUGGUAAAUAUGGCGCCACCGUUAACUAAAAUAUUAAAUAUUGGAAAAAGCUUCAUAAAACCGAAACUAUUUCAAAGGAUUCAUAUUCAUCCAGAGGAAGAUUGUUUGAAGAAAGUCAUUCCUUUGAAUUUGCUGCCUACUGACUACGGCGGCGAAGGACUAUCUUUGCAACAACUAGACGAUGCACUGGAGGCAAAAUACUCACAAAAUCAAGAACUGUUUGAUCGCUUGGACGAAAUUAAAAUAGAUGAGAAACUGAGACCUCAGAAACUGAAAGAUGACAAUACUCUAGGUUUCUACGGCAGCUUUACUAAACUUGAAAUCGACUGAAGCAUCCGAUUCAAAAACAAUGUUGUUUGUAUUAA